AUGGAGGUACCCAUCGCCUCAACCGUUGAUACAACCUCUGGUAGCAGAGAGAGCCAUAUUGUCAAGGCAGACGAGGUGGAUCAAACUGGCAGUGACAUUUCGCCAGUCCCAGACGACCAGUUGAUGGAGAAGGUCGCAGAGGACCUGCUGCAGCAACAGCAGGUAUUGUCAGAGGCACCUGAGACAUUAAAUAGCUCGACAGGGUCCAUGGAAGCAGCAGAGCGGCCACCACUGCGACGAGAUGGAUCAGCCCCUCCACCCCCGUUGCAACCACCCCCUCCCGCACCUGUUACGCAAGAUGCAAGCCGGCCACAAGAUUCCUCCAUAAGCCUAGCGCAACUGCGGAAGCUUGUGCAAGAAAUUCCCAAGAUUGAACAGCCGGCCUACGCCUUUGAAUACGCUGAUGCUCAAUCCUUCCCAGAUGAGCUUGAUGAGUGGUUUCAAUACAACCAGUUUGAUCGCGUAAUGUUGACAGGCAUGAGAGUUACAUUUGAAAGACAGUGGAAUGUCUUCUGUCAACAGCAGGGAACCGCCGGUGACGAGCAGCCCUGGACAGAGGUCUCCGAGGCCAUGCGCCAAUCCUUUGUCAUGCGGUCUCUAGAAAACCUGCAAAGUAAUGACGUUUCCACACGUCUAGAGUCGCUUGACAAUCUCUGCUACGCAGUCACUGGUGUAUGGGGUAUCACUGGUGGACGUGAAUCCCCGGAAUACUCCGAGGAUACGACUCCGCAGAGUGCAGCCGAAACGCCUCGAUCCAAAUCACUUCAGAUCACCUGGAUUGAGAAGAAUGUCACGCUCCUUCAGCGAUGUGGAGGUAUUGCCGCUUUGAUUCUCAGGCUCUCUCAACUAUACGAUAAGAAUCGAGCUACACUUGGUCCCGACCCUGAAGAGCUUGAAUUGGAACGGCUUAACCCAGGCGAUAUUGCUGCCUCUGAGCGUGAGGCAAAUUUGGUGCUCACAUUGCUUUACUUCUCCGUUGAAGUUGGCCGGCGUCAGGAAGCGCAAAAUGCCCAAAACACCUCAAUGCGCGAUGCACUUGCCGCAUCAAACCCGUGUCUAUUAGUGACUAUUGUUGAAGUAAUCGCUCGACUGAGGUGGGAUGAAUCCGCAAACAUCCCACUCACGAGAAUUAUACUACUGCUAUGGAAAUCCAUUCUUCUUGUGUUUGGGGGCACUGAAAAGCUAAAGAGGACCAAAGAGCUAUUGGAGCCACCCCUGAUUUCAGAAGAGGAGGCUGCCGCUCGCAGAACCCCCUUCUUGACCGCAAAGCCCUUGGACUACCACCUGUUCCGCCAGGAGAUCACGUCUAAAUACCCGUCAUAUAAUCCACCACCAUCUGUUGUUCCAUUGGAACUCGAAAAUAACUCCAUUUUGCCACCCUUACCUCAACAUCCAAACAGACCGAACGCGUCUACCGGGCUCUUCUGUGGAGUUGGGCCGUCGAUUACCGGUGGGAAUGGAUCUAUCAUUCAACAAGCGGUUCAUAUUGCAACGCCUGCGCCAUCUCCACCUCCUUCGCCAAUCGGACCUGGAGGCAAAGCGGGCAAGAAACAAAACUAUCAGACCAACCAAAAUUUCCCACUGCUUUAUCCCCCGCUGGAUGACACAAGUAAUCGCAUCGGGGGUAAAGGCACGACGGAACGUCAGGAUGUUCUUGUCGGCAAACGCUGGGACGGAAGUGACGUACCGGCAUCUGUCAUAGAGGCUGGAAAGUUGUUUUCAACUCAUGUUAAGAUGACACGAGGAAUGCGGCAGUUGUGGGAAGAGCGAGAAAAUUUUAUGAAAUACGACCGAGGAUGGAAUCUCGAACAGUACCAGCCACCGGUGCCAGAUUUCUCUUUCCUUGAUGACACAACAGCUGGACUGGAGCAGAUGAACUUGAAUGAAAGCGGGUCCCGGUCUUGUAGAAAGGACACGGAUGACCCUGAUGUGCAGCGCCGACUGGAUGCUGUGGAAGGAUUCUAUGCACAAAUCUUGGCUCAUCUUCAAUCUAUAACGAUUGUAUUUCUCAAGAUCAUCCUCACUAAUGUCAGCGCCAUGGUGAAUCAGCCAAAUUCCCAGGGUUCUCAGAACGCGAGCAGUAGUAACGGAACCGGCGUUUCAUCAUCUCACAUGGCGCUGGAUAUCUCCAUAGACGAACUUGACAACAUUCGUCUACGGGAGAUCACUGGCAAAGCUGUGUCUGGCACAUUGCUUCUCUUGCUGAAAUGGUUUAAGCGGUCGCACAUUCUCAAAUUCGAGUACAUGACUCAACUGCUGCUUGAUUCAAACUACCUGCCUCUUAUACUCAAAAUGUUUGCGCAUCAGGACGUGGAUCAGGCUGUGGCGCAGAAAAAUGAUCGGGAAGAUCUCUCCUUCUUCCAUUUCUGCAGCGAGAAUUCCGAAUAUGCGGUUGCAAGGCAGCACACAGAUUACGGCGACACCGAGAGCGAGGAUGAAGCUGCCCCACCACCAAUUUCCCGUCACAGACCCCCCUUGACCACCAGCGACAGCGUUGUUCGAGCCUUCUCCCCCGAGGGCUAUAUUGAAGAUAUGUUAGAUGGUCCAACACGCCCUGAAGUUGACGAGCUUGGCUAUCCUACCGCUCCGCCACCGAAAGAACCUAUCACGACCUUCUCUUUCCGCAACUUUUUCUCCGCGAUCAACUAUCUUCACAUCAUGCAGAAGAUCACCAGAGAUAAAGCACAUCGCUGUCUCCUCCUUGUGCAAUACAAAUCGAGCACAAUCCUCCGAAAGGGCCUGAAGAUUCCAGAUCCUUAUCUUCGAUUCUACACCCUCAAGCUCUUCAAGUCACAAGUGCCCUACUGUGGUCGUAAAUGGCGCCAAAGCAACAUGCGUGUCAUCACCGCGAUUUAUCUCUACUGUCGGCCAGAGCUUCGGGAUGACUGGCUAGCUGGUUCAGACGUUGACGCCGAAGUUGAAGAAGCUCUGCCCCUUGAGCAGGCCCUCCGGGGGCUGACACAUUGGUGGCAUCUUCGUCAAUACAAGGAUGUGAUGGGUGGACAUACUGAUGCUCACCUUAUGGAAGAGGAGCGUGAUUUUUUCACUCGUGAGUUGGAGUCAAUGGGAUGGGGGUUGGCUGAAGAUGUGAACGGGGAAGACUCGGACCAUGGCAGCCACCAAGUCGGCAGUGGUGAAUGGGUGGACGGCCAACUUCCAGUGGACGGUCCUUGGCCGUAG